AUGAAUCUGUUACUUUGCAUUCCUGAUGCUGAUUCCAUUACUGUCUCCCACAGAACUACCCUGUUUCAUGGUUUCAGUGUACAAAUGUUUGUAUUAUCUUCUUUAACCCUUUUGUUCAAAACUGACGGCAUCAACAAGUGCUACCAGUGCCUCAGUUUCUACCAGAACGUCUAUUACCCACAGUGUCCUAGAAAUGGUAGAGUCAGAAAUGCCUACCUGGCCCCAUGUAAUGGCAGCUGCUUCACGCGGACCUACGACAGAGAUGAGAAAAUUAUCGCACGGGGAUGCACAGAUUACCUGCACGGAUUGCCCAAACCCUUGCCUCCAGACGGCUGCUACAAGUGGUACACUGAAAUCUGGUGUGUGUGCUCCAACUCCAGGUGUAACGGUGCUGCAUUAG